CGCGGCCAGGCUGCCUGGUGGGCCUUCUGGCCUCCGGCGCGGCGUCCUUGCUCCGCAGUUGCGGGGCUGGUCGUAGAGUUCUGAGAGCUUCUUGCAGGCCGGGUGACUUCCCUGAGGUGUCUCGGCCAAGGUGAAGGGCAGGCAUCCCCUCCGCCUUCAGCACGCACCGUGGCCUCACCGGCGGGUGAUCCCCUUCCUGAGACUCGGUGUCGCUCACAAGGACCCGGCCUUUGUACCUGGCCGCCCUCCCGCUUGUCCCGGAGACGGGCCCCCAGUCCCUGGGCGCGUCGCUCCUCGGCGCAGGAGAGCUACCUUAGAGCCUGCAGUUGCCAGGGGUGGUGGAGACGCGUUUCGGCGGACUCGCGGUCCAGUCCAGAGGUUCCCAUGGCCCAGGAGGCGCAGGGCCUGGUGAUGUUUGAGGAUGUGGCUGUGUAUUUCUCCCGGGAGGAGUGGGGGCUCCUUAAUGUGACCCAGAAGAGUCUAUACCAUGAUGUGAUGCUGGAGAACUUUGCACUCAUUAGCUCCCUGGGUUGUCUGUGUAGAGUAGAGAAUGAGAAAACUCCUCCCAAGCAAGCGAAGAGUUGCAGAGUCCGCCUGUCAGAGAAGUUUUUUAUGUGCAGAGAAUCUAAAGAUAUCCCAGACACCUUAGACCUUAUCCAACACCCGGAUACCCAUAAUGAGAGGAAGCCAAGCAGGAGCACUGAGGACGGGGCAGCCUUCCCACCCAGAUCCAGUCAUGGUCAGCAGCAGGGAGUUCAUGCUGCACAGAAGCCCUUCAAGUGUAGUGACUGUGGGAAGGUCUUCCUAAAGGCCUUUGCUCUCCUUGACCACCUGAUAACUCACUCUGGAGAGAAAACCUUGAGAUGCCAAACAGGCAGAAGUGCUUUCAAGGAGAAGUCAACUCAUAGUAAUCACCAAAAAAUUCACACUGGAGAAACAUCUCAUGUGUGUAAUGAGUGUGGGAAGGCCUUCAGUUACCCAUCUAAAUUGAGGAAGCACCAGAAGGUACACACUGGCAUAAAACCUUUCAAGUGUAGUGACUGUGGGAAACCUUUCAACCGCAAAGAUGCACUUGUUCUGCACCAGAGGAUUCACACUGGAGAAAGGCCUUAUGAGUGUAGCAAAUGUGGGAAAGCCUUCAGUGUUCUAUCUACCCUCAUUCGGCACCAGAAAGUUCACAUUGGAGAAAGGCCCUAUGAGUGCACGGAAUGUGGGAAGUUCUUUAAAUACAAUAAUAGUUUCAUUCUUCACCAGAGAGUUCACACUGGAGAAAGGCCUUUUGAGUGCAAGCAAUGUGGAAAAACCUAUGUGACCCGCUCUGGCCUCUAUCAGCACUGGAAAGUUCACACUGGAGAACGGCCCUAUGAGUGUGGUCUGUGUGGGAAAACCUUCACUACCAGGUCCUACCGCAAUCGGCACCAGCAAUUCCACACUGAAGAGAGGUCAUACGAAUGUACAGAAUGUGGGAAAGCCUUUAAACAUAGUUCUACCCUCCUUCAGCACAAGAAAAUCCACAUUGGAGAGAGGCCUUAGAAAUUCAGGGCAUGUGGGAAAACUGUAAGCCACUAGCACCUUGUUCAUCACAAAAGGUCUCAUUCUAGAAAUGAAAUUAAGGGGAGUAGCCUCUAUGAGAAGGUCGUUUGAAAGAAGCUAAACCUUAUUCAUGUCAACAUCUACCCUGAGGAGAGUCCACAUGCAUGCCAGAUGUGUGGGAAGCUUUCAGGAGCUGUAUUGUACUCUGACCUGCCCAGGGAUGUGGCAAUAUCAUGUCACUGCCAGUUUGUGACAGAGUCCAUUCUACUCCACCAUUGGCAGGUCUCCAUAGUAAGUUCAGAGACAGAGAAAAUCAUGAAUGGUGCAUCCCAUAAUGGGUCUUGUUCUCUCCCCCAGUGACUGGUGUAGGUGUGCAUAUGACCCAGCUCUAGUGAAGAAGAGCUAAGCUCUUCUCUGGGAAUUCCUGGGAAGGUUUACCAUUUUCAUGAACAUUGUUGACACCACACAUUGUACUUGUUACACCCUAGCAGACUGUCUCAUGUUGCUCUGGACUAUGGUAGUGAAGGCUUUAUUAUUUAAGCCACCUACAAUACUGGAGGUUCUAAUCCCUUUGUGUGGAGGGAUUGAGAAUAGUAUUGGGCACUGUCACCAUCAGGGCAUGGUGACAGUGAGAGUGACAUAGAGAGAAUGACUUUUGUAGGGGGGAGGUCCCUGACUUUUUUCUGCCUCAGUGGUACAGCAGGAUGGGAGAGAACAGCUCUAAUAAAGGUUGUUCUAAUUUGUAUUGGCACCUGAGUCUCCAGGGAAAGACUUGUCACCUGGAUUUCAGGCUUGUUUUGGGGUCCAGAACUUACCUCGAAGGAGGAGGUAGUUGGUAUGAGAUCUUCUGUGUGUCUAGGGACAACAAAAAGUGGGUCUCUUUUCCCAGGGAAUGUUCUAGAACCUCCCAUAUUGGUGGGAGAAGUUGUCUUCAGAAUCAGCUCAGAAGCCAAAUCCUCUGAAAUCUAGAAUAUGGAGGUAAGUUCUGGACUGAUUGUAUGACAGUCAGGAGCCUUUUGGGAAGAGUUAAGUAAGUGGGCACAGAAAUACUGAGAGAAGUAACAUAAAACGGGGAGUCUAGUGAACCAGAGGGCUUGAGCUUGUUGUAAAGAGGCAUCCACAAAUGUUCUACUAGGUGUGGUUUCAGAGGGUGAGGAUUCCGGAACAACUCAGGAAUUGCAGAUGUGUUAUUUGCUACAAAGUCAAUGUCAGCUAAUAAUCUUCAGGUUUUCUGGAUUCUCCUAUCUUCCCUGUGCUGCUUACCUCAUAGCCAUCAUCCUGGAUCUGAGAGAAAAGAUCCUGAAAUCCUAGGGUGUGGCUUUGCAACCCAGCCAAUACUCAUGGUAUCUGUGGGUGCCAUGGCCUUUUUUGUUGUCCAGCUUUUGCUGCCACAGUGGCUGGGCUCUCCCUUCAGGAAUCAAAGGAGAGAGCUGUGGAAUCAAUACAUGGAUCCAGAUCUGAUUUGUGGGACCUUUAUUUUUUUUUCAGUUUUUGGUCGGAGCUGGGUUUGAACCCGCCAUCUACAGCAUAUGGGGCCGGUGCCCUACUCCUUUGAGCCACAGGCGCCGCCCUGGUUUGUGGGAACUUUUGAUGUUAAAAAUUUUGGAAACAUUUUGCCCAAAAGGAAAAUAAAAUGUCAGUUUAGCUAAAUGUGUAUAUUGGAUGUAGCUGUGUCCCUGGUCCAAAAAUUAUGCUUCCUGAGAAGAGAAUGUUUCCUGGGAGGCAUGUUUGAUGAGAGAGCAGGAGACCCCAGACUAAGAGCCUCCAGAAUAUAGGGCUCAGCCAGUUCCACAUGUUGGGGAUUGAGAUCCCUGCUGUUUCCACCUCCACCUGAUUCUUCUUGACCACCACACUGUUGGCAUGAGGGGUAGUCAGCACACCCGGGUGGAACACUCUUUAGGUGGGAUUGCAGUUAGGGGAAUUUGCAGCCUGUUUCUGUCCAACAUAAGUUCUAUGCCUUCCCCAGGCCUGUUCACGCUCUCCUCUCUGGGUGUAAUAGUGGUAUGCCUCCAACCUUGGGAUCUAUGUAAGAACAGAGUUAAAGUCCAACUGAGCCAUGAGGGGGCUAGACCUCAAGAAAAUGGGAGUAGGGUUGGCUUGGCGCCUGUAGGUCAAGCGGCUAAGGCGCCAGCCACAUACGCCAGAGCUGGCGAGUUCGAAUCCAGCCCGGACCCGCCAAACAGUAAUGAGAACUAUAACCAAAAUAAAAUAGCCAGGUGUUGUGCCCGGCACCUGUAGUCCCAGCUACUUGGGAAGCUGAGGCAAGAGAAUCGCUUAAGCCCAAGAGUUGGAGGUUGCUGUCAGCUGUGAUGCCACUCUACCCAGGGCGACAGCUUGAGGCUGUCUCAAAAAAAAAAAAAAAAAUGAGGGUAUGGUUGACAUUAGUGAUUAGAGCUCAGUUGUACUCUGUGUGGGUGCCCAUAGCUAGAGAAUCUUCUGUACCUUACUGAAGCUGCCCUUUGGUCCCCCACAAGGUUCCAUGCACAGCAGGCAGCCAACCUGCUGGGGAGGGGUGGAGGAUAAUGUUUGCUUGGUGAUAUGCCAGGACAUCUGGUCAGCCCAAACUUCACCUGGGGGUUAGGGCCUUAUCAUGUGAAUUUGGGGAGGUCAGAUUCCUGA